CGUCGAGUCGUCGGUUAAUUUUCAAAUGCAAUUUUCCCCAAUCAUGGGUGGCAGCAUUACAGGAGAAUACGAUGGAUUUGCAUAUGAACAUGAAUCCCCCGAUAACUAUGAGUAUGUCGUUGAUGAUGAUGAGGAAGGGUUUCCUUCGUUUCGACUCCUCCAAGACGAAGACGAACUAGUAGAAGGAGAUGAAGAAGAAAAGGUAUUUCCUUCGACUUCGGAGAAGAAACCGAAGCAGCUGAAACAGGGGAAUCUAUUGGACAUGUGGGGGAUAAAGACGCCCCAACAUUCAUCUCCAUCUCCAUCUCUGCCGCCUCCACGCAAAAAGACGAGGACUGGUAACAAUUCUGAACAAGAGAUUGGCAAAUCGAAGCCUUCCAAGACUUGUCCUUUCUACAAGAAGAUUCCAGGGACACCAUUCUCUGUGGAUGCAUUUCGGUAUGGUUCUAUUCAAGGCUGUUCCGCUUACUUUCUUACUCAUUUUCAUUCUGAUCACUACGGUGGCCUCACUAAGGGAUGGUCCCAUGGCCGUAUCUAUUGCUCUCCGCUCACUGCUCGUCUUCUCACGUUGUGUCUUUCUGUGGAUCCAAGAUUUAUCCGUCCUUUGGAAUUCAAUGUUGAAUAUGUCAUCCAUGGAGUAUGUGUGACAUUUCUGGAUGCUAAUCACUGCCCAGGUGCUGUUCUCAUCCACUUUCGUCUCAUAGAUGGACAAACCCAUCUUCACACUGGAGACUUCAGAGCUUGUAAAGCAAUGCAAACUCACCCGCUUCUAGCCAAUCAAAGAGUUCAUGUCCUUUACCUGGACACAACUUAUUGCAAUCCAAAAUACAAGUUUCCUUCCAAAGAAGAUGUAUUGAGUUAUGUUGUCAGAAUUACUGAGAACUAUCUUAAGAAGCAUCCCAAUACCCUUGUGGUUGUUGGGGCAUAUAGCAUUGGCAAAGAAUGUGUUUACCUUGCUAUUUCUGAGGCCUUGGGGGUUAAAAUAUAUGCUAAUGCGCGGAGAAGAAGGAUUCUACAUUCUUUUGGUUGGCCUGAGCUUUCUGGGUGUCUCUGUGCUCACGGGACGGACACAUUUCUUCAUGUGCUACCUAUGUCGUCCCUGCGGUUUGAGAGCCUGAAGGAUUACUUGAAAGGCUAUGCAAAUCAAUAUAAAGCAGUUUUGGCAUUUCGGCCUACAGGUUGGACAUACUCUGAGCAGUUAGGUAACCAGCUUGAUCUAAUUAGACCCAGUUCCAAAGGCAACAUUACAAUUUAUGCGUCUGCUGUAGGGGUUCCAUAUAGUGAGCACUCCAGCUUCACAGAACUGCAAGAGUUUGUUAAGUUCUUGAAGCCUGACAAGAUAAUUCCCACUGUCAAUGCUGGGAAGCCCGCUAACCGAGACAGGAUGCAAUCCUAUUUCCGAGAAAUGCGAAAGAGCUGAUGUCUUUGCAUGAAUUCACAAUUCAAGUUCUUCAGUUGCAGAUGUUAGCCAGAUGCUCAAGCUCAUUGUUGGACCUAGAAAUGAGAGUCUUAAUGCAUCUUCUUUAUCAUGUUGUUUCAACUCAUUUGAUACCUCACCAGUGUGUUAGACUGACUAGCAGCCAGCCACUGAAAGUGUAUUGCGGGUUUCACCAAUGGAUGCAUAAAGUUUUAUGGAUUACUGGUCAGCCCUUACUAUACUUCUCUCCAUAAACUCUUCACCUCCAUAGUUGAGAAAAUUUUCUGCUCAUUUUGAUGGAUUUAUUAUAAUACUCUCGCAUCUUCAUUUGUUUUGAAAUGAUGUAUCAUCUUCUUGAUUUG